UUUUAUUUACAUUAUUUACAGUGAGUUAAAAUUUACCUUUAGCAAUUUUUUUCUCCCAUUUUUAGUCUUAAUCUUUUUCUGUCACGCCUUGACCAGAUACAAUUUUAAUUAUUCCUUUAUUCCGUCUUAAGGUUGCCUGGAAGAGAUCGCUAUUUAGCGAUAAGGCUGCCCAUUGUUGCCUCUUUAUGUAAUUAAGUUUAUGUAAUUAAUUAUUCAUUUAUAUUAUUGUUUGUUGUUUAUUUGUUAUUAGUAUUGUUUAUUGUUUGUGUACAUAUUGUUAACCUUGAUAAUCAUUCUUUGAAGGGAACAAUAAAGAGCUUUUCAUUCAUUCAUUCAUUUAUUCAUAAAUGUAAAAGUGACUUUUAUUUAAUGAGUGAUAAUGAUAUGGUAACCCCGUCUGCGCUAUCGGUACACACUGGCGGGGCACCAGUGAGGGAUGACAGAUGAAGAUGAAAGUAGGUCAGUUAGCCCAUCCUGACGAAUUAAACUAGAAUUAGUCACGACGGUUUCCAGGGGGAACCACGUUGAGGCCGACCUGAUACGGUAUAUUGCUAGUAAUAAGGUUAUUUGACCCCAUUACUAACAAUCCCUUUCCCCCCUGUAAAAGUGACUUUGUUGGUUUGCUUUUUGGCGCUUUAUCGGCUUUGCAUCUAAUCGUCAUGAAAUUUGGCAUAUAUAAACAUUCUAUUUAGAAUAGAGAAGGAUAUAAGUUUCUUAUCCUCCCGGGCAAUCAAUAUAAUAUGCGAGUAUCACACGAGUAAGGUCAUGGGUAAAGACUAGUUUGUUGUAGACUUGUGGUAAAUAUAGAAAAGAACUCAGCUCGUUAGCCGCGGGUUGGGUUAAAGAUGGCUAAAUGUAUCAUUAUGCGUACAUUCUAAAACUUUUUGUGACUUUAAACCCAGGUGAAUACGAUUUGAUGAGAUGUAAACUCCCUCCCCUGCUUCUUUCCCUCCUUUCACACGAAAAUAUGCUCUUAGCCGCCAUUUUUUUAAUAUAUUACUAUUAUAGUAAAAUUAAUAAAAUCGCGACCAGGAGUUAAUACAAUUGUAUCGAGACGAUGUCUGUAUAUUUUUUUUAUGCAACUCAGAAUGGCAAACAAGUUGACGGCCCACCUGAUGAAAAGUGGUAACCGUCGCCUAUAGACAUGAGCAGUACCAUGGACAUAACAAAGUAUAGUGUUCCGCCCAUGAUAUCCCAUGCGUUGCCAUUCCUGAGGACUCAGGUGUUAUUCCUAUGUACCCUGUAAAUUAAUAGGAGUUAUUUAAGGAAAAUUAAUGUGAGGCAUUUUAAUAUGAAUAAUAGAAGCCAAUUUUUGUCUAUCUGUCUAUCACUAUGUAUGUUCCAGUAAAAUUAUACAAUUGUGUUCUUUACGGCCUAAUAUAAAAUCUGGUGUACUCGUAUGUUUUAUCUUGAUAUAUGAUCUAAAAAUGAUUACGUAUUUUAAAAAUUCACGUGUACAAAAUUGCAGGCAAAUAGUAGUUUUAUAUACCUAAACAUAAAAAGAAAAAUAACUAUUACCUAUAUAUUAAAGAAAUAAAUACAAACGUUAUGUGAAAAAUUUAAUGAUUUCGAGCGGGCAUAUUUCAAUACAUAUUAUGCUGAAGAGAUAUAAAACAUCGCUGUUAAGAACAUCUUAAAAUUUCUAUCACAGCCAGGAAUUGACAGCGAAAUAAAAAAAAAAUGGCGAGCACAAUAGAUCACAGAGGUCAGAGUGUUACAGGUUUUUCUACUUGACAAAGCCUACUUAACAACAAUAACAAGAAUUAGUCGCCAAAUGCUUCGAUUCAAACAAACCUCUUUCGCUUCUUCCACAUUCAUCAAUCUUUUCAUACAUGCUCGCCGGUUACGGGUACUUUUAACUUGGCCCUUCUUCGGCACGUCGCCUAUUUGGUCAACAUACGUCCGUCUAGGGCGGCCCCUACCGACAUCUCCAAGAAUUAGUCCUAUUAGAAUAAUUUACAUAAAAAUGUUUUAAAGAAUUUAUGUGAGGAACAUAGCGUUUACAAGCUAUAAAAUUUAUAUUGUAAUCCAUACCAUGAAGUACAAGCUGGAGCAAAUGGAUAAUUCACUCACUAAAAGCAAUUAAUUUGCUUUCAGAUUUUAUAGGGGGGGAUCAUCGUGGGAGACAGUCAUGCCGUCUCCAGAUAAUCGGAAACAAGGCCGCAAUUGGCUGGAGACGAUGGUGGAACUACCUUCGGGGAUAGGAGAAGAAGACGUUACCACGGGAAAUGGACAAAUACGGAGCUGUGAUAACGCCAGAGAAGGAGAAGGGGAGGAAGCGGUCAUACCUGUUGGUGAGAGGCUGCCGGGAGAUGGCGCUAGCUGCUCCGCUCCUGACGACCAGCGCAUCAGCGAGGAUGAUUCUUCUUCUGAUAGUAUUAAUCCGUUUGAAGCAGACAAUGAUCCAGCGAACACAGAAGGCAUACUACGCACCGGGAGAUACUAUAAAGGAAUUUAUUGGCCCUCCUUGACAAAUAGCUUUAAGGAUGAAGCAAUAGAGACAUCAUACCAAAGAUAUUCCCGGAGACAACGGCAAAAAUCACUGAUUAUGGUCAACGUCGUAGACUUAGCUCUUAAGAUCUGCCUGUCCCUUAUAUACACAAUGAGAAGUAACGCCACUAAUGAUUCUGACGAGACAGCAGACCCUUAUAAUAUCGCGUGGACGGUAGCGUUCUCGUGGCUGAACGUCGGGGUCUGUCUGCUCGGCUGGUGGCGGUGUUUCGCCAACAACUACCUCCACUGGGCUGCAGCCGCCACUUGGAUAUUACUCAUCGCUCAGGGCUUGAGUGGUCAAGGCAUAGGCUUCCAAGCGCCAGAGAACCAAGUAUGGUACAUGCUGUUCAUCAUCUUCGUACCCUACGCGAUGCUGCCGCUCUCACUCGGCUGGUGCAUUGUUGUGGGGGUAUUAUCGUCUCUAGCUCAUAUCCUCACAACACCCACCAGCAUUAAGGAACUCAUGGAUAAUUAUCCUCAAGCCCGCUCCUGCUGCACGCGGAUGUUAGUCGGCAACACGUUAUUGUACACAGCUGUGAACUUUGCUGGCAUGUAUGCAAAAUACCUGGCUGAUUGGGGACAGAGGAAGGCGUUCCUAGAAACCCAUCGCUCUAUGGUAACCAGGCAGAAAACAAAAAGGGAAAGCGACAGGCAAUGGAAAUUAUUUCAAAGCGUGAUACCGGACUUCUUAGCGCGCGAGAUCUAUAGCCACGUGUCGCGGGUGAAGGGCGAGUUCCAAGAACAGCAGUUCAAUAACCUCUACAUACAACGGCAUGAGGACGUAUCAAUACUAUAUGCUGAUAUCAAAGGAUUUACAGAGCUGUCGAGCAAGUGCAGCGCGCAGGAACUCGUGAAGCUUCUGAACGAACUGUUCGCCCGUUUCGACAGGUUGGCAUCGGACAACCAUUGCCUGCGGAUCAAGCUACUGGGCGACUGUUACUUCUGCGUGAGCGGUCUACCGGAGCGGCGCGAAGACCACGCACACUGCACUGUCAAUAUGGGUCUUCACAUGAUACGCGCCAUACGCGACGUACGAUACAACGCACAGGUGGAUCUGGACAUGCGCAUCGGCAUCCACAGCGGCACGGUGCUGUGCGGCGUGCUGGGGCUGCUCAAGUGGCAGUUCGACCUCUGGUCGCAUGACGUCACCCUUGCCAACCACAUGGAGAGCGCUGGCCUCCCGGGCCGCGUACACAUAUCAUCUGCGACACUGGAAUGCCUAAACGGCGCGUUCGAGGUGGAACCAGGAGACGGUGGCAGCCGGAACCCGUACCUCAAGGAGCAGGAGCUUACCACGUACCUCAUCAGGACCACGGAGCAACCGCGCCGGACCAGGCACAAGUCCAAACCUUGUCCUCAACAGCAGCAAUGGGAGGUGGUCUCACGUAGACCUAGCAGCAGCAUCGAUGACGAGAUGACCACGGACUGGACUCCAGAGAUGCCCUUCCAGAACUACUUCUCGUCGAGCGCGGCCGGCGUGGUGCGGUGCCGGCGGCCGCGCGGCACCUCGCACGACUCCGACGAACCUCGACUCGCCCACGCACACGACGAGGACAUAAUAGACGAAAUCGAGGUGAGCAGCAACCGGCGCAUGCGCGUGGACAACAUGCGGCCAUGGUCGCUGCACUUCCGGCGCGGUUCACUCGAACGCCGCUUCGCGCAGCUCGACACCGCCACCUUCAAGUCCACCGUCAUGUGCUGCCUCGUGCUCUGGCUCUUCAUCGUCGCAACGCAGACCGUCAUGCACUACCACUGCACGACACUGAUGGUGCUGCUGGCUGUAAUGACAAUUCCGCUGAUGAUGUCAUUCGUGAUGGUCAUGGCCGAAGAGUUCCCCACCGUGUUCACACACUUGAAGGUUGUGUCCUCUCGUCUCAGCAACAGCAGAGUGCGACGAGAUAUACAUAUCUGCUGCUUCGUCACUAUAAUGUCUAUAUCCAGCACCACAAAACUCUACGUGUGUCCGUGGUCGUUCAAUCAGAACGCAACGCAACCGAACUGCUCACAAACAAACGUUACUCAACUGCUCUCGACCACCUGUACCGCCACGGGCGAGUGCCACCGGCCGGAGUACGUGGUCCUCACGUGGGUGCUGUGCCUGGUGGCACUCACCUCCAUACUCAAGCUCUACUACCUCAUCAAGACCUGCCUGGCGAUCGCCAAUGUCGCUAUGUACACGGUCCUGCUGCUCAUGUACUACGACUUCAAUUACAGCACCAACAGUGGUUCAGAAUUAAAAUACUACGUGCAAAUGCUGAUCCUGAUGAUGAUGUUCCUGGUGGUGGUGGUAUACCACGCGCGGCUAAUCGAGGUCACCUCCCGUCUCGACUUCCUAUGGAAGCUGCAGGCGGAGACCGACCUCGACGAGAUGGAGGACACGCAACGGACCAACCGGCACCUGCUUACGCACAUACUGCCCGACCACGUGGUCAACCAUUUUCUGAGCAAAGAUAGGUGUCCUGACGAGCUGUAUUCCCAGUGGCGGGACGAGGUGGGCGUGAUGUUCGCCGGUAUACCGAACUUCCACGAGUUCUACUCGGAGCAGAAGGCGGUUGACUGCAUGCGGCUGCUAAACGAAAUCAUUUUUGAUUUCGACAAGCUGUUGAUGCAGCCUCGCUUCAAGAGCAUUGAGAAGAUCAAAACUAUCGGCGCGACUUACAUGGCUGCUUCCGGACUCGAUCCAAAACAUAAGAGUGGCGACGAUGACUGCGAGCACCUAUGUGCAUUAGUCGACUAUGCGUUCGCGAUACGAGACGCUCUCGACGACAUCAACAAGCACAGCUUCAACAAGUUCCGGCUUCGAGUCGGUAUAAGCUGCGGUCCACUGGUGGGCGGCGUGAUUGGUGCCCGUAAACCAGUGUACGACAUCUGGGGCAACACGGUCAACGAGGCAUCGCGCAUGGAGACCACGGGCCAGAUGGACCGCGUGCAAGUCACCAAGUACACCAAGCAGCUACUGGACGGGCGCGGCUACAAGCUGGAGGCGCGGGGGCUCGUGGAAGUGAAGGGCAAGGGCCGCAUGGAGACGUGGUGGGUGAGGGAGUGGCGGGGGGCGCGCGCGCCGGCGGCGGCGGGCCCGGCCGCCGCGCCCGCGCCCGUCGCCCCCGCCCCCGCGCCCGCCCCGCCACCCGCGCCGCCGCGCUCGCUCGCCGCCAUCGUCUACACCAUGCUGCAGGCCAGGAAGAGGAUCUACACGCACCCGCUCGACUCCACCGCGCUGCCGGGGCGCGCGGGCGCGGUGGGGCCGGCGGCAGGGCCGGCCGCGGCCCCGGGCGCGCCCCGGCGUCGCGCUCACACCGACCUGCGGCGCGCGCGCACGCGACAUGCACGCGAGGCGGACGUGGAGUUGGGCAUGCGGCCGCAUGCGAGCAGCAUGGUAGUGCGGCGGCCACGCGCGCUGGCAGCCGCCGCCGCCAGCCUCUCCGCGCCGCACACGCCCACCGCCGCGCACGCCGCGCACGGUGCCGCCGCCACACCCGCCCCCGUCGUCGCUGCGCCACCCAAGCUGGGUAUAGGAGCGAGAUUAAAAGCCGCCAGCUUUUCAUACCGCACGCGACCGCAGAGAGACCGCUCGCCAAAAAUGCAGGAGCAGCCCAACGGCGGCUCGGGCGCGUCGCUCGCCAACGGCACGCCCGGCUCCUUCCGCUUCCGGUCCGUAACCACCGCCUCCUUCCUGCGAGCCAGAAAGGACCAGAAAAAAGUCAAAGAGCAAGAAGAUCACAAAGAAAAUGGAGAGAUCGUUACUACUAGAAUGUAAAUAGGCGGCUGAUCUUCCAAAGGAGAAAUUGUGAUUAUAGGGAGUCAAGAUAGGUACCAGUAGGUACACUCCGUGACACAGAAGACACUAGAGGACACUAAUGAUCUGAAUUGACUAGGAAAUUUUAAAUGAACUUUUUUUGAUAAGACGUUUUAUACUGUUGUAGACAAAUACUAUAAUUUAGUCAUUAGAUGUUAUAUAUCAACUAAAUAAGUAUAAUGUUAAUUAUCUAACAAGUUCAGAAAUAUUGCGUUUCUGUAAAGUCGUAAUCUUUAUUUCCUAUACCAUACAUUCUCUGUCACUUUUAAUAAAAGAAUUGUGACCAUAAUUAUUUUAUAAAGCGUGGCGCCCUCUUGACUUGGCCUUGAUGGUCUGGGCGUCCCUACCCUAAAUUCGGCGCUGGAGUAAUAUUAAGAAACGAAAUUACUUUUUUUACUAUGUUAUGUAUAAUCUGUUCUUAUAAUUUUACUUUAUAUGAUAUCUUUAAAUAAUAUAAAGCCAAAAACAAUUUUAUUAAUCUUUAGCCAAGACAAUUGCUCACUACAGUAGUUCUAAUUAUAUAAACAGUACUCAAUAUAUUUAAAAGAAAAAAAAUCCCGCGGAUUUUAUAUUAUAUGGAACUGUGUUUAUUUAUAUAAUAUGAGAGAAACAAUUAUUUAUUGUUAUUAAAAAUUCACCUGCUCUGGGGAAAUUACGAGUCUCUUAUACAUGACGCUGACAGAAAUGGUUGUAAAAAUAACGUCCGAUUGCCAGACAAAAGAAGAAGUACGUCUAUAAAAUAUAAUACCAUAUUUUCCUCUAUUAAUUAUUGUCUAUUGUUAUAUUAGGUAGAUACUUUAUUUUUGAAAAAUUACCUUUGUUUUUAUACUAAUGUAUGUACAUAAUUAAAAUAAGCAAAUUGUAGAUAAAUUAUUUUUUACUUAAUAGUUUACUUGCACAAAUUGACAGAGUACUUAAUCUAUAAAAAAACUUAUUUAAUCAUUUUAUUUUUAGCACAAAUGACGCAUUUAUUAUUUUAAGAGAAAAUUUAAUUAUUAAAAUGUUUCGUACCUAUUUAUGUGUCAAAUAUAUUUAUUACAUAAGGGGAUGAAAAAAAACGCUAUGAGUCUUCCAUGUGAAGGCAUUCUUGUAAAUAUAGUUGUAGACUUGUAUAAUUUUAUACUUUGAACUUACUAGUGCAUAUAUGAAUUGGUAAUUGGAAUUUGUUGAAGCCGAGGUAGGGACCAAACUCAUGCUGCAUUAUGGCGAAUAGUGAAGGUGUUCCAUUUGGGAAUUAUUUGUUUGUGAAAUAAAAAUGAUAAUUAAAUUGCUAGUUUCAUUUAUUAAUUUCGGCAUUAAAAUGCAAAAAAGAAAUUAAGAUGGCGGCUACUCGAAUAAAGAUAAUUAAUAAAUUGACAAC